AUGCAUCUGCUCAGAGCCACAUUCUCUCUCCUGGCAGCAGCCACUGUCAUCUCCGGUGCCCCUACGCCAGUUGAGGAUGCUCCUCGCUCGCCUCCGACAAAGCUACCAGGUACCAUUCACGGCUACCCGCCCAAGGAUUGGGAAUGCAAGACCAGCCAGAAUAAGCCAACAACUGUCACUUUCAAAUCCGAUUACAUCAAAAGAAGCACCGACUUUGCGCUCGAGCUCAGAGACAAUGGUGACAACAAGGCUGGAAACAGCAAGUAUCCAGAGUUUUUUACAAGCCCCGAGAGUAUCCCAGGUCUAGAGGGCUACCAAGGUGCAAAGAAUGUUGAUCAUUUCCCACUCAACUACGACGGUCAAACCGUCUUUACAGGAGGUACUCCUACAAGUGAUGCUCGUGUGGUCUAUCAACACGAUGUCGGCUCUGAUGAGGCCACAUUUAUCGGAGUAUGGAGUCAUGCUGGAAGAAAGGAUGGAAAGUUCGAGAAGUGCACCGAAAAGUAG